GCACAAUCUUCCCGGAUGAUAAUCCAGUUGGUGAAACGUCAACGUAUGCAACAUUUUCAGACACGUUUUAUAAUAAAAAAGGCUAUCAUAAAAGAACUCGGGAUCUACUAAUUAAAAGAAGAGCUAGAAGAGUGUCAUUGUCAUGUAAUAUUUUAAUUGAACUUCUAAAUAAGAAAUAG